CUGGGCACCUUCACUUCUGGAAACAGACAUGCGCUGGAAAAGUGAAGUAAAAGUCGAGUGCUGCGUUGUGAGCGAGACAGAAAACGGAUCUGUGUUGUCCAACGAUGAGGGCGCGCCGGUGGAGGUUUUGGAUGAGGACGAGUCGACGCUGCAGGCCAUGGCAUCGGCACCUCUGCUGGGGAGAGCUGUGUGCGCUAGCUGCAACGAGGAGAUUGUGGACAAAUAUUUAUUAAAGGUUAACGACUUGUGCUGGCAUGUGCGCUGUCUCUCGUGCAGCGUGUGCCAAACUUCACUUGGCAGCCACACGAGCUGCUACAUCAAAGAAAAAGAAGUGUUCUGUAAACUAGAUUACUUCAGAAGAUACGGGACGUGGUGCGCGUGCUGCGGCCGGAACAUCCACUCCACAGACUGGGUCCGGCGGGCCAAGGGGAACGUGUACCACCUUGCCUGCUUCGCCUGCUUCUCCUGCAAGAGGCAGCUGUCCACCGGGGAGGAGUUCGCUCUGGUGGAGGAGAAGGUGCUCUGCAGGGUGCACUACGACUGCAUGCUGGACAACCUGAAGCGGGCCGUGGAGAAGGGAAGCAUUGUAAACAUGGAGGGGGCUGUGCCCACCGAGCAGGAGAUCAACCAGCCCAAACCCUCCAAGAGAGCGCGCACCAGCUUCACCGCCGACCAGCUGCAGGUGAUGCAGGGCCAGUUUGCUCAGGACAAUAAUCCAGACGCUCAGACGCUGCAGAAGCUGGCGGAGCAGACGGGUCUCAGCCGGAGAGUCAUACAGGUCUGGUUCCAGAACUGCCGAGCCCGCCACAAGAAGCACGUGAGCCCCAACCACGGCUCCAGCAACCCCAUGUCCUCGCUGCAGUCCAGCCGCCUCUCGCAGCCCACCCCCACCCCCGAGGAGCUGCAGUACACAGCCUACGGGGGCCCGGAGGGGUCAAUGCUCUCUGCACUACACUCCUUCAUAGACAGUGAGCACCAGCCUUUUCAUGACAUUAACACGGUGUACUGUGGUUCACUGCUGACUAUAAAGAACUACAUGUCAAAUUCAUAUUUUAAUAUUUGAAAUAUUAUAUUGAUCUGGUUUAUUUUAAAACAGGAGUUUAUCUGCCAAGAGGCACUUCAAAAGGUUUCCCAAAUGGUGGUUACGUACCCUCCAGCCAAAGACAAAUAUCAGAUUAGUUAAUUUGCUAAUGCUAAUUUGAUGUUAUAUUUAA